AUGGAUAUGGACGACCAGGCAACCGAUCCCGUCCCUCUGCCGUAUUUGAGUCUCUUCAGAGAUCGUCACAAUUACCAGGCCUUCGGGACUACCAGCCGGUUUGACUCAACCCUUGGCCUUGCUAGAGCAUGCACUUACGGCGACCUUUCCCACAAUGCUUCAGUACAUCUGAAUGGAGUUCUCGCCAGCGGCUCUGUGACAUUUUGCUGGGUUCCUCAUUUCUUUGGGGCUUUUGAGCAUAGCCAGUCACUGGAGACUUUCAUUGGCCUGGGCAGUAAGGUCCUUCUACUUGAUCCCAAUAUCGUGAGAUGUCAAGCGAUGCCAACUAUGUGCAGGGAGCGUAUACCUCCAUUUCUAGCCUGUGUCCACCCAGAGAGAAGAACACAUUCGCCUCGAAGCUCAAUCGCCUACGGAUUGAGUAUUGAUGGAGAAGAGCUCCUUUCUCUUCGCUUCACCAUACAUUAUGAGAUUCUGAUGAAAGACUACCCAGCUAACUUGUCGAAAGUGGCGAAGGUUUUUCUGAUGAAAGUGCCUGGCGGCUGCUACAAUAUCAUCACGAGCAUACUAGUCUUCAUCAUGCGAGACGCUGUUGCCCAGUCCCAGUACACAUUGAAGAAUUACUUCAAGAGGAUGUCUCCAUGGAGGAUGAGUCUUUGUUUCUCCCAUCACAUGAAUGUCCGCCAUCUCAAUAUUCAUGCGUAUUCGGUCGGCGAGAAACUGGGGAGACUCAUCGACAUGGCAGUGUGGAGAGUAAACUACUUCUAA